AUGGAGGAGACAGUGGUGAGGCCCUCGGUGUUCGUGGUGGAUGGACAGACGGACAUCCCUUUCACGAGGCUGGGACGCAGCCGCAGGAGACAGCCCUGCAGUGCUGCCCGGCUGGGCCUGGGCCUCCUGCUGCUGCUGUUGGCGACCGGAGUGGCUGUCCAGGGCUGGUUCCUGCUGCAGCUGCACUGGCGCCUGGAGGUGAUGGCCGCCCCCCUGCAGGACAGAGGUGCAGGAUCCCGGGAUCACCUGGUGCAAGAUCGGAGGCCCCAGCAGGCCAACCCGGCAGCACAUCUCACAGGGGCCAACUCCAGCCUGACAGGCAGUGGGGGCCCGCUGCUGUGGGAGACGAAACUGGGCCUGGCCUUCUUGAGGGGCCUCACCUACCGGGACGGUGCCCUGGUCAUCGCCCAGGCUGGCUACUAUUACAUCUACUCCAAGGUGCAGCUGGGCGGUGUGGGCUGCGCCCAGGGGCUGACCGGCAGCCUGCCCAUCACCCACGGCCUCUACAAGCGCACGGCCCGCUACCCCGAGGAGCUGGAGCUGCUGGUCAGCCGGCGGUCACCCUGCGGGCGAGCAAGCAGCCCCCAGGUCUGGUGGGACAGCAGCUUCCUGGGCGGAGUGAUCCACCUGGACGCCGGGGAGGAGGUGGUGGUGCGCGUGCCUGAUGAGAGCCUGGUCCGAGUCCGCGACGGUACGCGGUCCUACUUCGGGGCGUUCAUGGUGUGA